GAGCUGUAGAUAAGCUUUCAGUGGCACAGAAAGCCCCCCCCCCGCCCCGUAUCUGUUUCCAGGGAGCCUGCUUUGUGUCAAAGGAUCAGUGCCCGAGUGUCAGCAGCGCAAAGAGACUUAGGUUUCACAGCAGCAGGCACUCAGGGGGCUCCUCUUUGCUGUCAUACCAGACGUUCUUGUCCCACCCGUGCCGUUAACACGGGCACCGCACAUCGGAGGGUGCCAGGCCGGGAGCAUGUCCCGAGCAAGGCUCUCAAAGCAUCGUCUCCACUUGGGCUUCCACGCUGCGGCCAGGUUGCAAGAGGCAGAGCACAGGAAGGCACCCAUGAUCGCUGCCCGGGAGACCGGCCCCGGCCCAGGACGGUACAGCCUGCCUCCUACCAUUGGGUUUGUCAACCAUGACUACACCCGGUUAACCAGCCCAGCUUACUCCCUCCACAGGCGGCUUGACGACAGCGCGUACCUGAAAGACGCCAGCCCGGGUCCCUGCUAUUACGUGGAGCCACAGCUCACCCGCUUCGGCAGGGCCAGGGGCCCAGCUUACUCCAUGAGGGCGCGGGCCAAGCCCCGAGGGCACCCGCAGACCCCCGGGCCGGGUGCGUACAGCCCAGAGAAAGCCCCGCCAACCACCCGGCGCCAGGCACCGUCCUUCAGUAUGGGCGCGCGCACCCCGUGCCGCGUGACGGACCCUGUCCCCGCGCCCAACCGCUACGCCCUGCCCUCCCUGCUGGGCGCGCGGGUCCCUGCCAAGCCCUCCAGCCCCAGCUUCACCAUCUCUGGGCGGCACCAAAAAGGCAGCUACUCCGAAGACCUGGCACAGACGCCCGGGCCAGGCCGGUACAACAGCACGGAUCCCAGCACCUACCUGCGCCGGCCGCCUGCCUUCUCCAUGCUGGGCCGACGCGCUGCCCCCAAGCCGGCUUUCCAGACGCCGGGUCCGGGCACGCACAGCCCCGAGAAGGCGACUGCUCACAGGAUCCGGGCCCCAGCCUAUUCCCUGGGUGUCCGGCACUCUGAUUUCCUCACCCCUCUCAUCGUGGAUAUUUCCCAGUGAUGCAGCAGUGGAGCAGGCUCAGCUGGAGGCUUUGAUGCACCUUCCUGGAAGGACCCUCCUUGGCUCCAAGUGCCGGGAGCCCCUUGGGAGCUGUUCCCCGUGCCCGGUGCCCAUUGCUGCACCCAUAUGGCUCUUCCGAGCUGCCCAUCCCCACAUCACUACAGGUAGCCUGGGAUAUCUCUCAGCAGCAGAGACUCCCCACCUGGGGGGACACAAGGGAGCCCCCCUGCUCACGGCUGCUUGCCCCCAUGGCUCAGGAAACCACCUCCACCAUCUUGAGGUCUAAUUUCCCCUUUGGCGCCCAACGUUGCUUUAUUAAACAGGCCGGCAGUG